AGACAUGCUCUUUCAGCGCGUGUUAUAAUUGUAUUACGUAAAGGAAAUAUAAAAUUUUGCUGUUGAACGUUAUUUGUAAUUGACAAUUAUUGCCACUAUAAUAAGCCUCUAGACGUCGCAUAAACAUUCGUUAUCACUUAAUUAAGCAGAAUCGUGCAAUUAAAAAUGAAAGUGAGGACUUUAAUAGUUGUGUUCGUUAUUGUAACGUUAUCCCUAUAUAUUACCGUCCAGGGACAAGGACGAGGCAAAGCGAAGGGGCGGGGCAAACAAAAAGGUCGUAGAGGCCGAAAACUGGGCCGGCUUCGGGGAGGCAAAGGAGGGCGGGGCAAAGGCUUGCGCGGUAAACUUCUAAAGGUUGGUGGCGGUCCGGCGUUUGAAAGGCCGGGUCAAGACAUGUGUGCGCUGGUGGACUGUAUACAAGUUGGAUCCAUUUGUUCCGACGGAUCCAAGCCAAUUCAGAAGCCAGACGAUUGCUGUCUCAGCUGCCCAGCCGAUAAAAAGAAAGGUGCUGGUCGGAAGGGCGGGCGGAAACGAGGCCGAGGGAAGGGUUUGGGUCGGCGAGGCAAAGUAGGCCGCGGUCGUCCUUUUAAAGUAGGACGCGGUGGACCUCCCAAAGGCAUUGGCGGCCCGAAGGUCGGAGGGCAGAGCCCCGUUCAGCCAGAAUGCAGCUAUCAUUACUGUCCAAAACUGCCUUGCCCGCCCAACAACCAGAUAAAAGCACCGGGCGAGUGUUGUUUCCAGUGUCAAGACAUGUGUGCGCUAGUUGACUGUGCACAACAUAGGCUCAUUUGCUCCGGCGGAUCCAAGCCAAUUCGAAAGCCAGGCGACUGCUGUCUCAGCUGUCCACAAGGGGAAGAGGAUUGUUCCCUGUUAAAGUGUGGCAUUCCGAAAUGCCCCGGAAACACCAAGCCAAUAACCCUUCCAGGGAAUUGCUGCCCGAGCUGUCCGCCGGAUCAUUGUUCCAAUAUAUCCUGCAUGCAAGUACUUGACUGUCCGGAAAACGCAAAGCCUUCGGUGAAACCCGGAGAUUGCUGCCCGAGUUGCCCGCCUGACCCGUGUGCUGGAAUCAUGACAUUGUGUCCAACGAUUCCAUUAAAAUGUCCGGGUAACUUGGAUCCCAUCAUAAAUCCCGAAGAAUGCUGUAAAAGCUGCCCACCGGAUACAUGUGAAGGACGAAUUUGUCCACUACUAAGCUGUCCUGGUGGCGCAGACCCAGUGAAAAAGCCAGGCGACUGCUGUUCCUCUUGCCUAGCUGACCCGUGCGUGAACGUUCCUUGUGAAUGGCCACUCUGCGGACCGGGCUUGGCACCCGCACGAAAACCAGGAGAAUGCUGCCCUACCUGCCCGCCUGAUCCCUGCGCGGGGGUUGCCUGUCCACUCCAGCCGCCUUGCCCGGGCGGUGCAAAGAGGGUGAUGAAGCCAGGGGAAUGCUGUGAAACAUGUCCGCCGGAUCCAUGCGCGAGAGUUGCUUGCCCCGUAAUGGAACCAUGUGCUGUUGGCACGAUGCCGGUGACAAAGGUCGGAGACUGCUGUCCCAGCUGCCCGGAUGACUGUUCGGGCACCACGUGCCCUCAACGGACCGACUGCCCCGGAGGCGUGACUCCGACUAUGAAACCUGGCCAGUGUUGCCCUUCAUGUCCGGACGCGCCCGGCAAGCCCGGUAAUUGCCCGGCGAUGCUCCCCGACGUGAUGAUCAGCUGUGUUAUGACCGGCGACCUCUGUCUGAAUGAUGCCGAAUGUCCCGACGACGAGAAGUGCUGUAACGACGGUUGUGGACGCUCCUGUCAGCCGCCUGACGGCUGCAGUGAAAAUGGAAUAUCUUUUAAUGAAGGGGAUGAAAUGCCCAGCAAUGACGACUGUAAUAGUUGCUACUGUAACCUGGGCAGGAAAGAGUGUGCGGUCCAAUCUUGCCCAGCCCCAAGUUGCGCUGUGCCCGUUAAACAGCCCGGUGAUUGCUGCCCGAUUUGCGCGCCCUGAGCACGAACGUACACUAGAUCGAGUAUACAACAACUGCAGGGAAUAGUUAUUUAGUUCAAAAUCGUUCAAAACUCCUUAUUUGCUAUGCAAAUGCUUAUUAAAAUGCAUUGUAUGAAAUGUGGUCUACUACUAAUUGGCGAAGUGCAUUGUGUUGGCCUGUUAGUGUUGUGCCCUUUUCCACUUCACCAGAUGCCGUCUUUACCUAUAACCAUUAUAUGGUUUAACAUUAAAUAAAGUCAGUGGUGUCCAGCCAUUCAA